GGGCCUCCAGAUUCGUGGUCGCCUGUCGGGGCCCUACAACGUUUUCGGGCGCUGCGCUGACAACAUCCUCGCAGGACCAACGAGCGGACGGCAGUCAUCUAUAGAACGAACAUUGAAAAUGUAAACAAAAGCAACGCAGGCGCAGCAGCAGCAGCAGAAGCAGCAUCAGCUCUCCCAUUCUUUUGCCAUAAAAGAGAGAGGAAGCAGCAGCAGCGAAGGCAGAGACUGGAUGAGCUUCCAGGCUCGUGUCCGCGUAUCCUUCUUCGGUUUUCCAGCGGCCAGGCUGCCUCAGAACGUUAGCAGAGUGCAAACCGUGCUGUCGUCCAGCUCCGGCUCCGGCACCAAGCACCAGCAGCAGCAGCAGCUCCCGCCACAACGGCUACAACGGCUACAGAACUCAGGGAAACUUUUCCACACUCACACACACACAGAAACACACAGACACACGGUCACAGUCACACACACACACACACACACAUAGAAAGGACACAGGGGAAGAGGAAGCGACAGCGGAAUAGCCCCAGACAAAUGGCCAGAACAGCGAGCAACGGAGCAGCGGGCCAGGCCAACCCGUGACUAUAAACGGGAUACGCGAACAGAGGAGCAACAAAGAGUGUAACAGAAGAAAAGAGUGGAGGAGACGGAGACGGAGAAGGCGAAGGAGAAGGUGGAGAAAGGAAAAUCGCGCCUGCUGGAAAUGGAAGGAGAAAUGCUGCGGCUUCUAAUGUCCACGCCAGCAGCGGAAGUAGCAGCCACAGCAGCAGAAGCAGAAGCAGCAGCAGCAGCGGAAGGAGCAGCAGCAGGAGCAGGAGCGGCAGUGGCAACAUCGCCCACGUCGCACUCCUCAUAAUUUCGAGUCCCGCUCUCGCUGUACCCCCCCGUCUAAAAUCUGUGUGUCUGUCCCACGUCUCACGCUCUCACAGUCUGUUUCGUGUUAAUUGUUAUUUAUGUAUAGUGUGUUGUAUAUAUAAAAGUUUGUGUGAUAACAAAAGGGAGAUCGAGCAUCGCGGAGAUCCCGAUACCGAUCCCGAUUCCGAUCCGAGUCCCGAAGAUACCCCGAUAUCCAAUAAGCGACUAAGCGAGAGAUAAACUCCAACACUUUAGUCGAAAAUCAAAAGCGUACAACGAGAACAAACAAACAGAAGGUUUUGCCAGCAGAAACAGCAACCAACAAAACAAAACAGAACACCAAAAACCAAACAACACUCCAACGGGUCCAAUGUUGCAGCCAACAACAUGCAGCAAACAGCAACAGCAGAGGCAGCAAUCCGAACAUACAGCAGCAGUGGCAGCAGAACAUGCGGUAGCAACAUCAGUAGCAGCAGCAGAGGGAACAGAAGCAGCCGAUCAGCAGGAGCGGCAGCCGACAGCUAAAGAUCAUGGAGCCCUAGCCUUAGCCUUAGCCACUGACAGAAGCAGAAGCAGCAGCUACAGCACCGACAUUCUGUGCCACAGCAACAUGUUGCCCGUAACCAGCACAAGCAGCACAACGAUAGAUUUCAAUAGUCGCCGUCGAAGGGGUCGUCUACGGGGCAUGGACGAGGCAGGAGCUGCAGCGGCAGAGGCAGCAGCAGCUGCAACAGCCACAGACUCGGCCUCAGCCUCUGAAAUACCCAAAGUACAACACCAAGCAAAGAUACUUGACGAGUGUGUAAAUAUUUUCAAACGCUUAGUAUUAUUAACAUUAAAUACAAUAUCAACAAGAAAAACCGCAACAAUAACGAAAGGAAAGACAAGAAGCAGAACCGCAACGGAGCAUUCCCUGACCAGCAGCUGCUGUUCCUUGCCACAGCCACAGCUUCAGCUUCAGCAUCAGCCACAGCCUCAGACACAACGCUGCCGCCGCCUCCGCCUGCCGAUCUACUGCAUUCUGUUGGUUGGCUGUUGCCUGGCCACUCAGGGUCUUGGCGUUGAGGCCGCCAAGCCCAAGUCCGCCAAACAGCCGUACAGUAACAACCAGAAUAACAACAACAACCAGAACAACGAUGUGCUGAAUGGAGUUAAUGCACCGCCCUUGUAUCAGGGGGCGCCCUCCCAGACAUCCGGCGAGGACGAGGCCGAGCUGAUGUACCCCUUCCAGUCCGGGGAGCACAUGUUCGGCGAGGAGGAGGAGCAGGACCAGGAGAUGAACAUGAAUGCAGUGCCUGGCUCUGACGAGGAUAAUGCUGGCAAUCAACGUGGUAUCAAUGACACUCACAGCGAGAACUCGACCAUCACGAAAACGCCACUAUUCCCGAAAGAUCUAUUCACGAAAGAACAGCUUGAAAACGGCGCUGUCAUCCUGCACAUCAUUGGAGUAAUCUAUAUGUUUGUGGCGCUGGCAAUUGUCUGCGAUGAAUUCUUCGUGCCUUCCCUUGACGUAAUCAUUGAAAAGCUCGGCAUUACAGACGAUGUGGCCGGCGCGACUUUCAUGGCGGCGGGUGGCAGUGCCCCCGAGCUCUUCACAAGUGUGAUUGGCGUUUUCGUGUCGUUCGACGACGUUGGCAUUGGUACGAUCGUUGGUUCGGCCGUCUUCAACAUACUGUUCGUGAUCGGGAUGUGCGCCCUCUUCUCGAAGACGGUGCUCUCCCUCACCUGGUGGCCCCUCUUCCGCGACUGCUCAUUCUACAGCAUCAGCCUCCUGGUGCUGAUCUACUUCUUCCGCGACAAUCGCAUCUUCUGGUGGGAGGCCCUCAUCCUGUUCACCAUCUACAUCGCCUACGUGACCUUCAUGAAGUGGAACGUCGAGGUGGAGCAGUGCGUCAAGAAGUUGAUUACCAAAAACAAGGUGACUCGCGUCCGAAGUACAGAUCAACUUAUGCCAGCAGGUAAUGCGGCAAACUCAUCGGAAACCUCAAUGGCCACCCAGCCGGGCGGCUCGGUGACAUCGCGUGCGGCGAGCGAGACGCGCUCCGGCCCGCACGGCUCGAGCAACGCGGGCGCUACAGGUAAUAGCAGCGGUGGUGGCACCUCGGGUAGUACACAGACCGGUGCCAAAUUCCGUCAUGGCCUAUUACAGCUAAUGAUACACACGAUAGAUCCACUACACGAUGAUGAUGUUCCAGGCAAAGUGGACGAGAAGGCGACUCAGCUGCACGCCAUUGCCUCGCUCAAGGUGCUGCUAGACGCCACCAAGCCGCAGCGGGGUGGCGCCACCACCUCGGCUGCGAAUCACGUCAAGAUCAACCUCAAGGAGACCACCCUGGCGGAUCGUCCCAAUGGGAACAUUGACACGACGCUCGAUUCGCCAUCGUUGAGUGGUCGACGUCCUAGCUGGAUUGAGCAGAGGGUCAAAAUUCAGACACGCAAAUUUAGCAUCAAAGCGCCCGAAAUCGAGGACGACCCGGAACCCCUGAGCAUGGCCUGGCCGGACACGGCGCGUAAGCGCCUCACCUAUGUCCUGGUCGCCCCGCUCCUGGUGCCCAUGUGGCUGACGCUGCCCGAUACGCGAACGCCGCGCGGCAAGCGCUUCUUUCCGGUCACCUUCAUCGGCUCCAUUGUGUGGAUAGCGGCCUUCUCCUAUCUGAUGGUGUGGUGGGCCAACGUGGCCGGGGACACGGCGCGCAUACCGCCCGAGGUCAUGGGCCUGACCUUCCUGGCAGCGGGCACAUCCAUUCCUGACUUGAUUACCUCGGUGAUUGUGGCACGCAAGGGUUUCGGCGAUAUGGCCGUCUCCAGCUCCGUGGGCAGCAACAUAUUCGAUGUGACCGUGGGCUUACCGAUUCCCUGGCUGCUCUAUGGCAUCAUCUACGGUGCGCCCGUUGAGGUGAACUCGGUGGGCAUGGUGUGUUCCAUAACCAUUUUGUUUAUGAUGCUCGUAUUCGUGGUGAUGUCGAUUGCCUGCUUCCGUUGGCGCAUGAACAAGGGGUUGGGCUUUACCAUGUUUCUGUUGUAUUUUGUCUUUGUCGCCGUCUCGCUGAUGUUCGAAUACGAUGUAAUCACCUGCCCCUUCUAAAUACUGUAUGAGGGGCAAGGGCAAAGACAAAAUAGUACCAACAGUUACCGAGGGGUACCAAUAUACCACAUACAUAGAUGCAUAGAUAAUAUCGAAGAUAUAUCGCAGAUAUACCGAAAAGAGAUUGAGAUACAAAAAACGUGUUGUUCGAUGGCGAAUCUCUCAUCCAAUUAGCUAAAUUAUAUACAAAGCAAAUUAAUGAAUGAAUAACAAAUUAAUUAACAAUGGACUAAAGCUAAAUAAUCGAAUUGUUAAACAGACACAGAUGCAGACACAGACGCAGACACAGAUACAUUCACACAUACAUCCAUACACGAAAACAUGCGAAAACUUAACGUUAAAAUGCGAGUUAGUUAGUGCCAGCGUUUCUUUUUCGAAAGACAUUUACUUUAAAGUAUUUAGCCGCAGCUUUUUAUGCACCCUCUACCCUGUAUCCUGUGCCCUAUACCCCUCUAUACUCUACGAACUCUGUCGUAUCUAUCUAUCUAUCUAUCUACGAUCUACCAUGAUCUACUAUGAGCAUUCUUAUUAGAAAGAAAGACGAACAAUGGCUUCCCAACCAAUUACUAUCUAUCUAUGUAUCCACCUAAGGGUUUGGGUUUAAACUACUCUAAUAGAUUAAACGAAGACAAAUACUAUAUAUAUAUAUGUAAAUCUUGGCACCAGGCACAAGCCAAUCACGAUAUGCAGAUACGAUAAAGAAGAACAAAGAGCCAGCAAGCAAGCAACCAAGCAACCAAGCAACCAAACAGCAAAAAAUGCUACUACUUUUGUCGCCUUUCAGUUGCGUGCUCUACUAAGAUUUCUUCUCCUAAAAGCUUUAUCCAAGAGCCUCUCUCUAAACUCUAUCUCUAGUUUAACGACUUAUAAACAUACAUACGGAAUACGGAAUACGGAGGAAUAUAUACCCGCCACAUACCCUCACACGCACACUUACAACAUCGCAUACUCCUAUAUAUUGACCUAUGUACACUACAUGUAUUGAUUAAGUGAUAAUUUGCGUACUUAUUAAACAAGCAAAAGCAAGGGCAAAACUCUCAAAGUAAGCUACAAAUAUACUCGAAACAAAAAUCGAAUCAAAGCGAGCAGGAAGCGAACAGGAGACGAAUGUUAGGAAUACUUUAAAUCAUUUUGCUAAUGCAUUUGCCACACACCAAAACAAAACAAAACAAAAACCAAAAACCAAAAACAAAAAACCAAAACAUUAUGAUUAUCGAUUAUACUGAUUGAAAUUCAAAGUCCAAUUCUAAUUCUAGUUAUGAUUAUGAUUCUAGUUCUGAUCCUAAUUCUAAUUCUAAUACUUAUUCUAAUUCUGAUUCUUGUUGGCGUGUAGAACGAGCAGAGUUUAAAUUUAAAUUUAAAUUUAAAUUGAAACCAUAUUUAUUAUAGACUAUUUCCAAUCCAAAAACUAAAACCAACUUAUAACAAACCAAAAAAAAGAAAACAAAAACUAAACCAAAACUAAUUUCAUAGACUUUUUUGCUUAAUGAAGAGUCAAGUCCCCCAAAAAGUACUUAUAUAUAUGAGCAUAUAAACAUAUUGAUAUAUAUAUAUACUAUAUAUAUUAAACGACAUAUAAAACGAUAUUUAAACGAAAUACGAAAGAAAAUCAACUUGCUCUCUUUAUUUAGAACGUACGUAACAUUUUUCUAAACUAAAACUAAAACCAAAACUAAAACUAAAAUCCCAAAACUCGUAUUAACAAAAAGGUGGCCGCAAGCCGAGAAAAAGCAAAUGCAAAUGCAAAAGAUUCAGCAAAAAGAAAGGAAGAUAAUUUAACAUAAUACGCAUACAUAUAUACACGUAAAAAUAUACAUACAUUAUAUAUUUUAUAUAUAACAGAAGAUAACUUACUAUAUACAUACAUACUAUAUAUAUAUAUAUAUAUACAUAUAUGCAAAAACUAUACUUAAGUAGGCAAUGUAUGUAUCUAACGGAUAUCCAAUCGUUUGCAUAUGGCUCGCAAUCAAGUUGAGGAAAUGACAGAACAACAACAAACAUGACACAACAAAAGCAAGGAGACACAAAGAUACACACCCAUACACAGCCAUACACGAACGAACAUACAUAAACAUACACAAACAUACACACACAUAGAACAGAAAGCAAUAAUUUUUAUUACCAGAGAUCUAGAAGGAAGCAGUGACAUAACUUUAUAUACGAGAAUAUAUAUAUAUAUAUAUAUAUAUAUAUAUUGUACACCGAUCCGAUUCGAAACUCGAAACUGUAUAUCAAAGCAGCAGCAGCAAACAGCAGUAGUUGUAGUGGAAGGCCAUCGGAAAUAGUUAUAUAUGAAUAUACAUACAUGCAUGCAUAUAUGCAGAUGCAGAUACAGAUAUACAUAUAUAUGCUGUACUGUAAAGUAAUGUAUUUGAUGAAUAAUGCGAUAUGCAAAUGCAAAUGCAAGAAUUAACGUAACUAAGUGGCUGCUCUUACACCCCAUGGGUGCAGUGCAUUCGAUUGCACACAGAUAUAUAUAUACAUAUAUAUAUGAUAAAUAAUAUAAUAUAUACAUAUAUAUAGAUUAUGGACAGAAACCGGAGAUCACAUCUACAGCGGAGAAGACCGUAACACCAAAAAGCUGAAACAGAAACAGAAACAGACAGGCGCCAGGAGAAGAAGACAUUGUACAAAAACACCCCCUACGACGCACACACGGUCUAGACUUGGAUCAGAACAAUGCUCCUUCUCUCUAUAUAUAAGGCACACUCCAUCCCUGCCAUUCGAAGCACCAUUCUAGGGUGAGCUGAGAUCUUGGGAUCAGUUCUUCUACGAUAUAUGUAUGGGGUUCCCUAGCAUGCCUUAAACCAAACCAAAUGUGAAUAGGGAACUAUUUUUGAAACUUCUCGUUAAGCCUUCUAAUAGACUUCUCCCUUGCUUCUCAGCCCUCAUUGUCUCUCUCUCGACACCAAAACUAUUGACUGUAGUCCAUCGAUAUCGAUAUAAUAGAUAUAUCCCAACUAGCAAGCUCACUUCUCACGAGUAGAUUGCCUCGGUCGCCAGGCUUUAACAGAGACAACUUCCAAGAACAAACAAAUUAACUUAAUCUUUUAUACAUGCUGUAUGUUAACCUACUCGUAAACAAAAAACGAAAGCGAAACAAAAGCGAAUAAAAAACCUAAAAAAUAUCUUCCAAAUUAACUUUAAAAACCAAGUCAUAUAUAAAGAUAAUGAUAUAUAGCGAGCAAAUACUUGAAAACUAAACGAACAUUCAUACUUAACUGAGUACAUCUUAUUAGCAACUAACAAGAAGAACACCCAGCAAUUACUUGUACUAAAGAUUCUCCUCACUCACAACACACACACACAAUCACACAUAUCGCGCCCACUUUUCUCUAUAAAAAAAGGUACACGAAAAGUACAAAAACCUAUUUAGGAACUACUACUAUGCUAUGAUAUCCGAUAUCCCAAGAACGUAACUAACAGAAUCGAGAAAUUGUUAACGAACAGAUUAACGACAUUUAGCUUUGUGAGGCACUCUUCUCCUUAAUGAAAAGCAAAUCAAAAGCUAAUCGCAAUGAGCAAUGAACAAUAUUACAUUGACACACCACCCAGCCCCAAAGAACCACUAUCCCAUGUCCCCACAUCACCCCGAUCGCAUCAUUACCGAACGCACACACAGAACACACACACAAAUGUCGAGUGGCCGUAGAAAUCGCGCUUUAAGAAGAAGAAUAUACAAGAAAUAUAUAUAUAUAUAUGUAUAUACACAGAUAUAUAUAUGAAAUUGUUAUGGUUAUAGAUUUUUAACAAGUUGAAUAAUUGCGUAAAAAGUAAAAGGAACAAAAAACCAAAUGGAAAAUACAAAAAAAAAUUGUUGAAACAUUAGCAAAAAACGUUCAUAAGACAUAAACGAAGCGUAAGGAAGAGAAGAGAACAAAUAAUAAUAAUUAUAAAAAAAAGCAGAAGAAAGCGAAACGAAACGAAAAAGAUAUAGUAAUGCUAUAUAUACUUUAUGAAAUAUUUAACUAUGAAAAUAAAAAUCAUUGUUUGAAAUUAAAGUAAAAAAAAGCAAACUUACUAAAAAAAAACUUAAAAAAAACAAAUAUUCGGUGUUUGCUAAUUUUGUGUCCCCGACCAAAUUUUGAGUUUGCAGAAAAACCCAACCGUAAGUAUAGCCCGAUUGAUUUCUAUAAUUCCUUCCGACCAAUUGGCAUUUUAACGACCUCAAGUAUGAAUAUAUUCGAACAUUUGUAUGAAAUUAGCAAACACACAAAACAAACCUAAGCACAGACCAUUCGAAAGCAUUUCUAGAGAUGUGGCCACAACAAUUACUACGAGUACGCUCUCAAGUCAAUCACCUAUAACAAUCGUCUGUAACUGUAACUGUAACUGUAACUGUAACUGAACAACAAACUACCAGAAUAAACACCAAGAAAUACUCGUACGAACAUAACUUAUGCGAACGAUCUAAAGAUCUAACAAUCUUACGAUCUUACGAACGAACGAACAAACAAACGAGCACAUAAUCAUUGAUUUCAGCUUUAAAUAAUCUAUAAACUAGACUUAAACUAGACCGUACUACUUAUAUAGAACACACAUAUACAACACAAGUAAUGAUAUAUAUAUUGACUUUUAUAAACAAGUACUAUAUAUUACGAGUACGUCUGUGGAUGGGAUUUUAUUACGCAAACCGUUGAAAGAGAAUUACUUUUUUUAAUACGAAUACGAAUACUAAAUACGAUUACGAAUACAAAUAGAACAAGUGAAAUGCAAUGUAUACAAUACUUACAUAUAUUCGAUUAUACAAUAUUUAGAGAGCGUUCAAGUUGCGUCCGUUGUAUAAACACAAGAAACACAGCAAACAAUAAAUUUUGGCAGCCGCGUGGAACGAAACGGAACGGAACUGAACUGGCGCUCGGCUUCGGUUUGUUUUUCGAUUUUUCGUUCGAUAACGAUAGCGCUACCGAACACGAAUAAAAUAACGACAGCCAAAGCAAAUAUGAAUAUAUGAAUCCAGUAAAAAGUAAUAGUUAACAUAUUGGUAGACUUAUUUAACAAUUUUAUAGCGUUUUCAAAUUUAUAAGUGUACGAACAAGAUGCGUUUAUUAUUUGUAAAGCCAGCGAUGUAGCGAUGUAUCAAACGGGGACCGGACACAUCAGUAUAUAGUGCGUGAACGUGAAUAUACAUAUAUAGCCGUCGUGUGUAAUACAAUUAUCAUUACCCACCAAAAGAUUUUGCGUUGUUAAGUUUUGAUUUUUGUACUUGUUGUUGGACUUUUACUUUACGAAUGUGUAUUUUUUCGAUAAACAAAACCAAAACAGAACGGUACGGACUGCACGGACAGGUUGAGUGUUGAAGAUGAGCAUGUAAUUAGUACAGAGGGAGAGAAAAAGAGAGAGAGUCGAGUAAUUUUAAUAGUGAACAAUGAGAGUAUUAUAAUAACAGACAUUAAUUUUAAUAACUGAUACGCUUCUAGCACAUAAGAUUGUACAAAUAAUUUAUAUACAUAAUAACGACAAACCACGAAAAAGGCGAACAAACACAGAAGUCGGGCUUCAGUUAUGUUCAGAUCGAAGAACACUAUAUAUUCCAACCCCCUAUGUUGCUGUUAGUCAUCGGAGGACUCCAACGCCUCGGGCCCCAUACCGUCUUCGGCCUUACAAACAUUUGAAUGAUGAAUAUAUAAUGAAAUACAGCGAGUUAUUUACUUUAUACAAGUACGUCUGGUUAACGACAUUUAGAUUUUGUACAAAACACACACACACACACACACAUUGCCACUCCGAAACACGCCUCAUUCCCGCACCCUCCCCAAAAACCGCGAACCAAAACCAAUUCGGAACCCAUGGGUUGAGAGAUCAUCAAAACGAAAAGAAGUUCAGGAGCAAAAGGAGUAAAGCAAAUCAAAUAUAUAGUCAAUUUCUAAACGAUACAUGCAAACAUAUAUAGUAUGGCUGGCACUCAAAAAAUAUACAAUAUAUGAAACAAGAAUUAUAUAAAGUUAUAUAAAAGCAUUUUAAAGGAUCGGAAAUCGGGAGCAGACGAAAGGAAGAGUGAAGCCUAAAGCCCAUUGGAGCGGUUCGGAUCUGAUCAGAAUGGAACGGCACGGAACGACACUUAUGUAAAUCAAAACGAAGCUAUAGCAAAUAAAAACCAAAUGUUAACUAGUUAUUUAGGUGAAAUAUACAACAAAUCACACUCAGAUACAGAGGCAGAUAAAGAUAACGAUAAAGAUACAGAUACGGAACGAGGAGCAGAUACACAGAUGCAUUUACAUUGCAGACACCCACACACACAACACACAAACACUAACACGGACACACGAACGUCUGUAACGGUGUGAAUACGCCGUUACGUCGCCAGAGUUGUAGCAGAGCCGCAGCAAACGAAUAAAGAAACGAAAGAAAGAAGCAAAUACCGAAAAGAAAUGACCGUUUAAUAAACUUUUGUUAUUAAAAAUGCAACCAGUCGUAAAUUGCAGUUGAUUGCAGUAAAGCAUGUUGCGAAAACCAAAACGAAGUUAAUGUUCAAACUAACUAAUAUAUAACGAAUAUUAUAUAAUACAACAAACUUAGACUGUAUGUUAUUUUCUCAAUACAAUACCUAUAAAAAAAACAAUAAAAACAGAUUCAAUAAAAUGAGUUAUCCAAAUGCA